CAAGCUGGCGCCGUUCAAAAUCAAAUUCAACCGAAUGUCGAAAUCGAGUUCCCUGAACAGGAGCAGCUCGAUGGAGACCGACCAAGAGACUGGAGACAUAGCCAGUCCCAAGGAGGGUUGCGUACCCCCAACAUUAGAAGAGGGUAACGAAAAUGCCUUAAACGGUAACGACCAUGAUACAGAUAACGAUCAAACCAACACAGAUAGUUUAAACAACACAGAAGCAACGGAUGAAAGUAAUAUUAAGGAUGGUAUUAAGGACCUUGUACCUGCUAGUCCUCCACCAUCCUACGAAUUCGUUCUUGAAGAGAAAAGACUUAAGCAACAACAAAGCACACAAUCCCCUACCACUCCACCCAAAGCACAAGAAAUUAUGCACAAGUCAAGCAAGGAAUUUUACAAGGCUGUAGCCAAACAAUUCGGGAUCACUUGCAAAAUGUCAGAUCACUGUAGGUGCUACGACUGUCAAAGUCACUAUUUCGACUGCGAAUACGAACAAAACGAACAAGAAAAGACAGAUGGCGGUCUUGGGGCGGGUACUCCGGUAUUUUUACAAGAGGUUAUGCACGGUACGGCAUGUAAUAUACUGUAAAAUUUUGGUAAAAUAAGAAAGAAUUUUUUUUCCAAAUGUCAG